AUGUUAAUAUUAGUAAAUGUACAAGAAGCAACGUCAUUUGAUAUUCAAGCUUAUGCUCUAACACAUCCGUGUGUUUGGUCAGUUUGCAGAAAUGCUCCAACAGAAUAUCAGAACUAUUCAAUCGAUUGUUGUACGUUACAAGUGCCUUUAAAUUAUGCUAAACCGAAUCAAAGUUCGAUUUCAAUAUCGAUGUCCCGUCUUCGUUCAUCGAAUAUCCCUAGUAACAAUACUUUAUUUGUUAUAACGGGUGGUCCAGGUGAAUCUGGAUGGAGUAUUUUUCAAACUAUAGCAGAAAUAGUUCCUGUUACAUACGGUAUUACAUUGAUCUUUCCAGAUCAUCGCGGUACUGGUUUAUCAACUCUGCUAAAUUGUGAUGAUCAGUUUUCUCAAACGGUCACAUUGAAUUGUAUUUCAUAUUUGACGAAUCGAUGGACUGUCGAAGGAUUAAAUCAAUUUUCGAUUACUUCAGCAGCUCAUGAUUUAUCAAUACAAAUUCAAGCUUAUCAAUCAAAGGAUCGACUUGCCAUCUUGAGUUUUUCAUAUGGUACUCUAUGGUUAGAUCGUUUUCUGCAAAUCUAUCCAAAUCUUGUACAAGCAUCUAUCAUGGAUAGUCCAUUUAAUCCAUUGUUACAAUCGAUGAGUCUAUACAAUACUCGAGCAACUUACGUUGUUGCACAGUUUCUCACUUAUUGUCAAAUUCAAACCGAAUGUAUUAAAUAUUUUCCCAUUGAUCCACCUGCUAUAAUUCUUCAGAAAAUCUUACGUGACUUGGAUUUGAAUAAACAGACAUGUAUCAACACUUAUUUUUCGCAAUAUAAAAUUAAUUCCAAUAAAAUUCGAUCGACCUUGUUCUUUUUAUUUCAAUCAGCAUUACGUUACUUUGAUCGAACUAUUAUUCCAGCAUUCAUAUUUCGACUUGAUAGAUGUAAUUAA